GAAGUGGGCGGGCGGGCGGACGCGCGGCCCCGGUGACAUUGUGCGCGCGAGCCGUUACCGUUACCGUUACCGCUCUCAACCGGCCCAAAGUUGGCGAGUGACGACAUGUCAAUGGCGGCGGACGCCUUCGUUAGCCAGAUGGCAGCAGCAGAGCCUUGGCCUGAAAAUGCAAUACUUUUUCAACCAUUAAAAGGGGAACAGAUUUUGCUGUCAGAUAAUGCUUCAUGCCUCGCUGUUCAGGCGUUUCUGCGGAUGUGCAAUCUGCCAGUCCAGGUGAUUUGUAGGGCAAACGCAGAGUAUAUGUCCCCAUCUGGAAAAGCACCGUUCAUACAUGUGGGUAAUCAUGUUGUAUCAGAACUUGGCCCUAUUGUGCAAUUUGCUAAAGCCAAGGGUCAUUCACUUACUGAUGGACUGGAUGAAAUUCAGAAGGCUGAGAUGAAAGCCUACACAGAACUGGUAAAUAAUAUGCUGUUGACAGCAGAGCUUUACAUACAGUGGUGCGAUGACAGCACUUCAGCAAAGAUAACUCGUUCUAGAUACGGUUCACCAUAUCCAUGGCCUCUAAAUCAUAUUUUGGCCUAUCAAAAGCAAUGGGAAAUAAGACGCAAGAUGAAAGCAAUUGGAUGGGCUGGAAAAACUAUUAAACAGGUACAUGAAGAUGUAGAUCGAUGCUGCCAGGCUCUCUCUCAAAGACUGGGAUCACAGCCCUAUUUCUUUACCCAACAGCCAACAGAACUGGAUGCCCUGGUGUUUGGCCAUUUGUUCACAAUCCUUACAACUCAGUUGACCAAUGAUGCACUUGGUGAAAAGGUGAAAAAUUAUGAAAACCUCAUAAAGUUUUGUAGAAGAAUUGAGCAGAACUACUUUGAAGAGCAAGAUCGCGAAAGCUCUUUGAGUUCAGCAUCUGGGUACCCAAGAGGCUUUUACCAUAAUAAGUAAACACGGCCAGAGGUAGCUGAGACACUGCUUGAAUUACAAUCGAGCUGAGAAGAAAGCAAUCCUUCUGAAAAGGUCGGGAAAGGUACUUAGCACUGAAAGUGUUUUCAUCUGCACAAAGCUUCUCCAU